AUUUUGAUGCAGUUGCGUAAAUGUACAAAUCACCCAUAUCUGUUCGAUGGUGCUGAACCGGGCCCACCAUAUACCACAGAUACUCAUUUAGUUUUUAAUUCCGGUAAAAUGGUUAUUCUGGAUAAAUUAUUACCAAAACUUCAAGCUCAAGGUUCCAGAGUGCUGAUUUUUUCACAAAUGACACGCAUGCUGGACAUUUUAGAAGAUUAUUGUUUGUGGCAUAAUUAUCAAUAUUGUCGACUUGAUGGUAAAACUCCACAUGAAGAUCGAAAUAGACAAAUUCAAGAAUAUAAUAUGGACAACAGUGUCAAAUUCAUUUUCAUGUUGUCUACACGUGCUGGUGGUUUGGGUAUUAAUUUAGCUACUGCCGAUGUUGUUAUAAUUUAUGACUCUGAUUGGAAUCCUCAAAUGGAUUUGCAAGCUAUGGAUCGCGCACAUCGUAUUGGCCAAAAGAAGCAAGUACGUGUGUUUAGGUUCAUAACAGAAAACACGGUGGAAGAAAAAAUUGUUGAACGUGCUGAAGUUAAAUUGCGUCUAGACAAAAUGGUAAUACAGCAGGGUCGUUUAGUUGACAAUCGCACAAAUCAACUAAAUAAAGAUGAAAUGUUAAAUAUUAUACGUUUCGGUGCAAAUCAUGUCUUUGCUUCGAAAGAUUCUGAAUUGACAGACGAAGACAUAGAUACAAUAUUAGAGCGUGGUGAAGCUAAAACAGCAGAAGAAAAAGCAAAAUUAGAUCAGUUGGGAGAGAGUUCAUUACGUACAUUUACGGUUGAUACUAAUGGUGAAGGUGCUAGCACUUCAGUAUACCAAUUUGAAGGCGAAGAUUAUCGUGAAAAACAAAAACUGAAUGCUUUGGGUGAUUGGAUUGAGCCACCAAAACGUGAACGCAAAGCCAAUUAUGCUGUGGAUGCUUACUUCCGAGAAGCAUUGCGAGUAUCUGAACCAAAAGCGCCAAAAGCACCACGUCCACCGAAACAACCUAUAGUGCAAGAUUUUCAAUUCUUCCCACCGCGCUUGUUUGAGUUACUUGAUCAAGAAAUUUACUAUUUUCGUAAAACGGUUGGGUAUAAAGUGCCAAAAAAUCCCGAACUUGGCUCUGAAGCAUCUAAAGUACAACGUGAAGAACAACGUAAAAUUGAUGAGGCCGAACCGUUGAGUGAGGAAGAAAUUGUUGAAAAAGAAUCCUUAUUAACUCAGGGUUUUACUACAUGGACAAAACGUGAUUUUAAUCAGUUUAUUAAAGCUAAUGAAAAAUAUGGUCGAGAUGAUAUAGAAAAUAUUUCAAAAGAUGUUGAAGGAAAGACGCCUGAAGAGGUUAUAGAAUAUAAUGCUGUAUUUUGGGAGCGAUGCCAUGAGCUGCAAGAUAUUGAGCGUAUCAUGGGACAAAUUGAACGCGGUGAAGCUAAAAUUCAAAGACGCUUGUCUAUUAAAAAGGCUUUAGAUCAAAAGAUGUGUCGCUAUCGCGCCCCUUUCCAUCAGUUACGUUUACAAUAUGGAAACAAUAAAGGAAAAAACUAUACCGAAAAUGAAGACCGCUAUUUGGUUUGUAUGUUGCAUAAAUUGGGUUUUGAUAAAGAAAAUGUCUAUGAGGAAUUACGUGCUGGAAUUCGUUGCUCUGCGCAGUUUCGAUUUGAUUGGUUUAUAAAAUCACGUACAGCAUUGGAGUUGCAGCGUCGCUGCAAUACUCUUAUCACUUUAAUUGAGCGUGAAAAUCUUGAACUUGAAGAAAAAGAACGUCAAGAGAAAAAGAAGAAGACUGCUAAAAAUUCGGGCACACCAACGAAUACUCCGCAAUCUAAAACUAAUCAAAAACGUAAAACUGAAAUGAUGCUUGUGGAUAAAAAUGCAAAACGAAAGAAAAAAUAAAUUAUACACUAAUUUAUGGUCCACAACUAAAUUAUUUUUUCAUAUGUUUUAAUAUUAGUAAUCUUUUACAAUGUUGCAUUUUUCCUAGUAAUUACAGCCAUUCAAAUAUAUAAACUUAAGAUAGAAUUGUGCGGUAUGUUAAAAAAAUUACAUUAUAAAGUGAUAAUUUUAUAAUAACACACUGGAAACUGGAGUUUCUGAUCAUAAUUACACAAUGGAAUUUUUUAACAUCUUAAGUGGAUACAUUUUUAUAUUAAU